CUAAAACUCAUAAAUAAGUCAACACGAUAAACUAAUCAACAAUAAAGAGGUCAAAUUGUAAACAAUUUAGACUGAAUUUUUCUCCCGUGUAUGUAAGGCAAAACAAUAAUGAACCUCAGAGUUAUUAAAGAAUAUUUUAUUUAAUUCAUUGAAGGCACAAUUACUUUGUUAUAGGAUUACAUUUGAUAACUACGGCGGCACGAUAAGCUAAUUAAAGAUAAAGUAGUUUAAUUACAAAUAAUUUAGACUCUGAAUUUUUAUAUCAUGCAUGAACUGCGAAAUAAUAAUUAUUAUUAAAAUGAUUGAUUAUUUCAUUUAAUGAACCCUCUGAGCCUUCUGGGCGUUCCCCUUACACUUGAUGAAACGCCCUCUUCUACACUUGAAUUGAAAAUUAUCUUUCGUGCAAGCCUUAUAUUCAAUGAGUUUGCCUUCAUCUUCUAAAGUACGCAACUAUGUAAGUAAAGAUGGGUAAGUUGGGCGUGAAGCCAGGUCAGGUCAUUACAAAGAUGUUGAGGUUUACCUGUUAGGGUUCGGGUAAGGGUAUUGAAUGUAAGGGUGAGCGACUGAGUGUAAGCCUUCGAAGCGCCUAACCCUACUCUAAAAUAAUUUUACUAAUUAUCAUUACAAAUAAACAGAAUAAAUUAAUUUAAUUCCUAAUUUUAUUCUAGUCAGCUGUGCUCACUCUGCACUUUUGCAUUUUAUACAAUCAAAGCAUUUUGACAAUGAGAUAAUCGCCGCAAUAAUUUCAUAGGUAACGAAUCAACAAAAUGAAGUGGGAAAAUGAAACUUUUAAUCGUAAAUAUUGAUUAAAAAUAAUUGUUAGAAGAUAUAUAAAUAUAAAUCCUUUUAUUUCGUACCUGCACUUAUAGUUAAUGUAUUAUUCAAUGAAGCCGAAAAAUAUCGUGCCCAGUAACAAUGGUAGUUCGAAUACUAAAAAAAUAUAAUGCAAUUUCUAUUAGAAAGAUCAACUUAAAACAUGACCAUCCACCUGAAUAUAUUACUCUUCCAGCUCCGAACUCAUCAAAGAGAGCGUGUGAUGAUGAUAUGUCCUUAGGUGAAAGAUUAGAAUCUUUAUCAGAUCCCAAGAAAAUUAAAGGUUACAUACAGUUAUUGGAAAAAAAGCUUGAAACAAUGAAAGAAAGUGAAAUUCAAAAAGAAAAACCUUCAACUUCUACCAGUAAUACCAAAUCUAUAGUUAAUAGCAGUGAGGAAGAAUUUCAUUCAGAAGAAGAAAGAAGCAAAAGACUCGAGGAAUUGAGAAAGAAAAAUAAAGAAUUAUCUAAAAAAGCUAAACUUUUACAAUCAAAAAGUAAUACUGAAAUAAAAAUAAACAGAAUGAUCAAGUGGCUCAAAAUCAACAAUGAAAUAAAUUUACAGAAUAUCCUUAAAAAAAAUCAAAAAAUCCAGUUAACAGAUUUAGAUCUCACAAGAGUAAUUAGAGACAGUUUUACAUAUAAGAAAUAUGAUAUUGAUCUAUUACAUGAAUAUAUAUCAGAAGAUGCAAUGAAACAUAUAAAAGAAAAAAUUGCAGUACAAAAAUUAAACAAAACGUGGAACUGCCCAAUUUGCGAAAAUAAUGAAGAUACAAAUGAAGUUCGCUGCGAUGAAUGUUUUGUAUGGAUUCAUUUUCAGUGUCUUGGAUUAAAGAGUGCACCAACAACAGGAAAAUGGGACAUGAGAUGCAUCCGAGAUAAUCUGACAAGAAACAAAUGUCCCGGAAAAGGAUCUCUCAUUAAAGGGGUAUUUUAUCGAGAUGAAAGAGAAAAAUACAAACAUAAUCAUCCUAAAGAUGAUACACUUGUCAAAAAACAAACGUGCCAACAAAAUAUUGAUAAUAUGGCAAAAAUUCCUUUUGUCGAACCGAGCCAAAUUAUUAACUACGUCAAAUCUAACGAACUAGUGCCGCAAUCUAAAACGUUUUGCGCUCUUCGAAAGCAAGUUCAGCGCUCAAUACAAGCUAAUAACCCAGUUGCAACAAAUAUCAAACUAUCAGAUAAAAACAUUGACGAGUUCGGGAAGCUGAUUGAAGAAUCAAAAUCACAGCUCCAGUAUGGGAAUAUGAAAAAAUUUCAGCUUACUGGAAAGCAUUUCCACAUUUCCAUAAAUAAGCCGCAUGGAGAAGUGGUCCAAGCGACGAAUGUGUUGAUUUAUGAUAGUGAAUUUAUAGAACUAAUCAGCCCUCACAUAGAAAAUAUAUUCGUGGAUGCUACAUUCAAAGCUUUUCCAAGCUUAAAUGUGCACAAAGGCCAGCUACUAACAAUAAUGGCUGAAAUUAAAAAUCAAAAGUGUAAAAAAAUUCGGUGUAAAAGUUGGACCGAGAGACUUUCACACCGUAGUGCAGUACCAUUCAUUUGGGUACUGAUGACAAACAAAUCUACAGAAUGUUAUCAGCAAAUUUUCCAAUAUAUUGCUGAUAAUUUUGAAAAUUUAAAACCUAAACAGAGCAUGUCCGACCAUGAGUUGGCGAUCCGGAAAACACUUAAACUAGUGUUUCCGGAGAUUCAGGUACGGACAUGUUAUUUUCAUUAUGUGCAGGCUGUAAUAAAAAAUGCUCAAAAACAUAAAAUAAUUGAUACUACAAUACCUGUUCAUGAGGUUCCAGAACUUUACCUAAUAUUACGGCGGCUAAAAUAUUUAGCAAUAUUACCAUCAAAUUUGAUAAUACCAACUUUUCAACUGAUAAAGUCGAAGUGUAAAGAAAAUUUUGGAACGUUCUUCGACAGUUAUCUUGAUUAUUACGAGAACCAAUGGAUAAAAAGUGAAGGUCCUAGUCAAUUUUCAGUAUACCGACAAACAAAACAUCGAACAGAUAAUAUUGUAGAAUCUUAUCAUAAAAAAUUGAACGCACGAAUAAAAUCGCAGACACCAAAUCACAACUUUUUUAUUGGUGUAGUUAAAUCAAUUGCAGAAGAGGCGAGAAUUAACUUCGCAGAAAUAAUGGAGAACACUUACGAGGGUCGUGAAAAAAGCAAGACGACAAAAGAGCGUAAUGAAACAAUGGAAAAUUUUUGGAAUACUAUUGAUAAUCAUUUAAAAAAUCCAAUCAAUCAUACAGCAGAGAUGAUGCUUGAUUGUAUUGAUAAGAUCCCUGAUGUAGCUGAACUGAAAGAGAAAGAAAUAAAAAACAUGAAGAAAAUGGCAAGUAACGUAAAAACGAUCAGUAAACCACUGACAAUUUCAGAAAAUGGUUUGUCGUUCUUCAUAACAGAGCUUGAUACCGAAGAAUCGAUAAUAAAAAAAUUGAUGUUUGUUCACCGACAAAGUUACCAGUAUAAUAAAGACUUUUUAUUUGUUGUAAAUAACAUAAAUUAAGUAAUAU